AUGAACUUGCUGUUCAAGUCGCGGCAGCGAAGUCCUAACAGCGAGCCGGUGCCCGAACAGGUCGCGCAGCUAGCCCAGGAAGUGUACCAGCAGCAGCUCAUGCCGUGCCUGCUGACGGUGAUGCCGCGCGUCGAGUUUGAGCGCCAAAUCGGCUCGCGGCGGCCCACAGUAGAGUACCUUCGCUCUCAUCCAACGGUGGUGCUGAUGGCCUUCCAUGGGUACGAUGUACCGGACAUGGCGAUGAACACGGGCCUCCUACUCAACGAAAUGGUACAGCAUGAACCGCUUGCCAAGAUCCUACUCUACUCCGACGACGUGUCCUGCGACGCGUUCAAAAAUUUGCGCGAUGCGCUUCUCCUGCAUCGCACGAUGGCAGCCGAAUAUCUACAGCAGAACUACGACACCUUUUUUGCCAUGUUUACCAAGCUGCUGGACUCAAGCAACUACGUGACGCGGCGGCAGUCGCUGAAGCUGCUCAGCGAGCUCCUGGUCGACCGCGCACAUUACAGCACCAUGGUCCGCUACGUCUCCAGCGAAGAGAAUCUGAAGCGGAUUAUGAACGCGCUGCGUGACCGCAGUAAACAUAUCCAGCUGGAGGCGUUCCAUGUGUUCAAGGUGUUUGUGGCCAACCCCAAAAAGACCCCGGCCGUCGAGGCGAUCUUGCGGCGCAACAAAGCGCGCCUGCUCACAUUCCUACAGGACUUUCUGAGCGACCGCACCGAUGAAUCGUUCAUGGACGAGCGCCAGUACAUUCUCCAGAUCAUCAGGUACGUGCCAUAG